CCAAUUGACUAUGGAUCAUAACAAUUUCACAGGUACCAUUCCUGUUAGUAUGGGAAGACUUCAUAGGCUGCAAAUGUUAGACUUGUCAAGUAACAGAUUUUCUGGGCAAAUUCCGACAUCCAUCGGCAAUUUCACUGAACUGAAUGAACUUUACUUGCAAGAAAACAGCCUAUUGGGAAACAUACCUCCUAGUCUUGGAAAUUGCCAAAAACUAAUAGCUUUGAACCUUUCUCAAAAUAACCUUAACGGUACAAUCCCCAAACAGCUCCUUAGCCUGUCGUCUCUGUCAAUUUCUCUCAACUUAGCUAGAAACUUUUUGAUCGGGUCCCUACCCAUGGAAGUGGGUGGCUUGAAAAAUAUUGGGGAACUUGAUGUUUCAGAGAACAAAUUGUCCGGCGAAAUUCCUGGAACGCUAGGCAGUUGCCAGAGCUUGGAACGCCUGUACAUGGAAGGUAAUGCCUUUCAAGGGACCAUUCCCCAGUCAUUGAACACCAUGAGAGGCCUUGGAGAUUUGGAUUUCUCGCGAAAUAACUUGAGUGGGCUAAUUCCAAAAUAUCUAGAGAAUUUUACUUCUUUACAGAAACUAAAUCUUUCUUUCAAUGAUUUUGAGGGCCAAGUGCCUGUCCAAGGGGUGUUUGAAAAUGCAAGUGGGAUUUCUGUCAUAGGGAACAGUAAACUCUGUGGAGGUAUCCCAAAACUAGGCCUACCCAAAUGCCUUGUUCUGAGAUCCAAAUCACGAAGGUUUUUAAACCUGAAAGUAAUCAUACCAGUCAUCGUUGUUGCUGUGUGUUUGAUUUUAUUAUUGUUGUGUUUCGCCCUUCUUCGGAGAAGAAAAUCAAGACAGAAGCAUUUGCACACUUCCUCCUCAGAAGACCGGUACAAGAACUUCUCUUAUGCGGAGCUUCUCAAAGCAACUGAUGGGUUCUCUUCACACAAUUUGAUUGGCGUAGGAAGUUAUGGUUCUGUUUAUAAAGGAUACUUUGUUUCAGAUGGCCAAAUUGUUGCAGUGAAAGUACUCAAUCUUCAACGACAAGGAGCUUCUAGGAGCUUCCUUGCAGAAUGUGAGGCAUUGAGAAAUGUUAGGCAUCGGAAUCUCAUCAAGGUCUUAGCAUCCUGCUCAAGCAUCGAUUUUAAAGGCAAUGAUUUCAAAGCGCUAGUUUUGCAGUACAUGCCCAAUGGAAGUUUGGAGGAGUGGCUGCAUCCCAAAACCGAUAAGGAAGAUCUACCGAGGAGUUUGAACCUUACUCAGAGGCUAAACAUAGCCAUUGAUGUGGCUUAUGCUCUGGAUUUUCAUCACCAUUGCCAAACACCCAUUUCUCACUGUGAUCUCAAGCCAAGUAACAUUCUUCUAGACAAUGACAUGGUGACCCAUGUGAGUGAUUUUGGCAUCACAAGGUUCCUUUCCAUGGCUGUUGAUGAUAACUCCACAAAUAAAACCAACUCCAUUUCAGUGAAGGGAUCCAUUGGGUAUGUUGCUCCAGAGUAUGGUAUGGGCGGCAAUGUAUCUACAUUGGGUGACAUGUACAGUUAUGGAAUCCUUCUAUUGGAGAUGUUCACGGGAAAAAGACCCACAGAAAACAUGUUCAAGGAUGGUUUAAGCCUUCGUGAAUUUGUCAAGAUGGCUUUGCCCAAUCGGGUGCUGGAUAUUGUGGAUCUGCAACUCUUAAAACAACAAAAAGAAGAACAUAAACAAGAACAAGAACAAGGAAUAGAAGAAGAAAUAGCAUUCAAUCACAUCAAUAUUCAUGAAGAUGAAAGAGAGAGUGUAUUGGGGUGCUUGGUUUCUGUGCUUGGUAUUGGAGUUGCAUGUUCUGCUGAAUCCCCCAGAGAACGGAUGCAGAUGAAAGCUGUCGUCAAUCAAAUGCAAGUGAUCAGAGACAAUUUUCUUGGGGUUGGGAUGCAUAGGGAAGGAUGCUACAAGAGCCUUAGCUGAUGUGGGGGCCAUUCAUCUUACUUCAAUGUGGGUGUCAUCAGAUCAUAUCUACUGCAAUUCACAAAUCUUGCCCAAAUUUAGAUGGCUGAAAACUGUUGAGCAUGUAAUUAAUAUUGAUGUAAAGAAUGCAAUUGUAGCCUUUUAUUGUAGUUAUGUACUUCGGUUGUGUCUGAUAUAUUAGAAGUGAGGUAAGUGUUAUAUCCAAACCGUCUGUUCAUUUUAUGAGAUCGUUCUACGCGUUGAGCCCAAAAAUAAGACAGAUCCAAAGAUUAAGUGGACCGUACUGCAUAAAGCAGUGGGGGAUUGAAAGUCAUUGAAACCUUCUUGAUGUCAAGGACGUUUUGGAUCAAUCUAAUAUUUAUUUUUUCUCUUUA